AUGUCUUCUGGGAAUGGCACCAGAAACAAUUCGCCUGAGGCUUCGGGGGCUGCCAAAGCGGGCACUCGAAAGAAGAUCCGACCCACAUAUUCGUGUUUAAACUGCCACAAACGCAAAGUCAAGUGCGACCGAGUAAAGCCGUGCGGUGCCUGCUGCCUCCGCGGUACACCGUCCGAGUGCGAAUACGGCACCAGCAAGCGGGACCGCCAUUACAUCCAGCAGUCGGCUUUGAUCGAGAACCUUCUUCGGUCCUGUGAGAAUCUGAAACAGCAGCUUGCCGAGGCUCGCCAACUCGCCAAUCUUCCCGCCAUAAAGGAUGAAGACGGACCGCUACCGAGCAGCCAGGCGCUCUACUCCAUCAAGGAGUCGCACAACUCAGUUGACGAUGGAGACGACUCAUUGGACGAAUUGGACCUUUCUUCCAAGGCCCCAGACGAUGAGCCUUUGCCUUCACCCAAUGCAGUCGUGCUGGAGGAGCAACGUACACGUAAAGAAAGUCGUUACUCCUCUCCACCAUUGUCGAAAGAGAAAGUCAUUCUUACUGAUCCCAAUCUAGCUAACGCAUUAAUUGAAUUUUAUGUUGAACGCUUGGUUAAUGAUUUCAGCCCUGCCCAAGUCAGCGGUACCAUCGCUUUACGUGAAGCUCGGUCUUUGCGAGUCUUUUCGCCGAUUCUGUGCAGUGCGUUUGAAGCGGCAUCCCUCACAUUUGCUGGCCGGCGUGAUGGGAAUCGGUCAGUCGAGCUAGCUGGUCACUCGCGUUACCUCCGAGUCUUGCGCUCUCUUCAGCAUGCUUUGUAUGACCCUCAGCAGGGCAAGUCGACCGAGGUCCUUGUGGUCGUUCUCCUAGCUACUAUCAUAGAAGCCUUUAAACAAACGUCAAAAGACUCUCUUCUCAAACAUCAGCUCGGUGGUCUGGAGCUUUUACGGACUCGGACACCGUAUCGACAUCGAUACGGAAUUGAGCGCUCUCUGUAUGUUGACCUUCGGAUGUAUUGGGUAUGA